UUCGUACAAACGUCAUAAUUCAACAUGGCGGCGUCCAUAGAACAGCUGUUGGCUGACAUCUGGGAAGUGGAGGAUCCUGUUGAUGAAUUGAAAACUUUAAAUACAGCUUUGCUUACUGCACCUUUGAAUUCCUUGAAGGAGACUGCCCCAGGGCUUAGACUGGGUGUGAUUUUUUCAUUGUUAAACACCAGUGACAGGGAACAGAUUAACUUGUGCGUUUCUAUUCUGGACCGCAUAUUACAAGCUCUAGAACCAGUUUACAUAGCCCAAAACUUCAGAGAAGAACUUCAGAGAGGUCUACUUCAUCCUGAUGAUUCAGUUAAGAUUUUAGCAUUGUCACAGAUGUGUGAGUCGCUGCAGAAGGCUGCAAGAACUGCUGAAAACCCGGAUGCUGUUACAGAUUUUCUCAACAGUCCUGAGCUUCUAAGACUUAUUAUUCAAUGUAUUGGUGGAGAGCAACUUUCUGUAGCCAAACAGGCUAUCAAAGCUAUUUCAAGAAUAGCCGAGACUAAAGCAGGACUGGAUGCCAUCUUUAUGGGCAGCUACUUACAAGAUUUAAAAAAUGUAAUGGCAACAGAUGAUAUCGUAAGAUACAGAGUAUAUGAGCUGAUUGUAGAAAUCUCCAAUGCUUCACCUGUCUCUCUCGGUUAUUGUGCAAAUAGUGGAUUUAUAUCACAGCUAAUUACAGAACUCACUGGUGAUGACAUUCUCAUCAGAGCCACAUGUAUAGAAACUGUGACUGCACUCGCACACAGUAUUCACGGGCGACAGUACCUUGCUCAACAAGGAGUAAUUGACAAAAUAUCCAAUAUGAUGAUUGGUGCAGAGUCUGAUCCAUUCUCAAGCUUCUACUUGCCUGGAUUAGUGAAGUUCUUUGGAAACCUGGCUAUUGUUGACAGCCCACAGCACAUAUGUGAACACUAUCCAGUCUUUCUAGAAAAGGUUUUUGAAAUGGGUGAGGGCCAGGAUCCCACCUUGAAUGGAGUCGCUUUAGAUACUUUAGCAAUUCUUGCAUCAAGUGUGGAAGGAAAGCAAGUUUUACAGAAAACUGGGCAAAAGUUCCAAAAUCUGCUGAAAAAGAUUGGCCACGUUGCAAAAAAUGCACCAACUGAGCUACGUGUUCGAUGUUUAGAUGCCAUCACGUCAAUUCUAUCUCUCCCAACAGACCAGCAGACUGAUGACCUCCUGGGAAUGACAGAAUCAUGGUUCAGUUCUUUGUCUAGUCAACCAAUGGAGCUGUUCCGAAGUAUUAGCACACAGCCUUUUACCGAACUCCACUGCAGUGCAUUAAGAGUAUUUGCAGCCAUUGCUGAUCAACCAUGGGGACAGAAAUUUAUGAUCAACAGUCCUGGAUUUGUGGAAUAUAUUUUGGAUCGAUCAGUAGAUCAUGAUAAAGAAUCAAAAGAUGCUAAAUAUGAACUAGUGAAAGCACUUGUUAACUCAAACACAAUAGCAGACAUCUUCGGUAAUCAGCACUACUUGAGACUUCGAGCUUACUUACGUGAGGGACCAUACUAUGUAAGAGCUACAGCAUCUGUUGCUUUGGAAGGAGCAGAAUGAUCUUUAUAGGCCUUGACAACUCUCCUGCUUACCCCCUCCUCCAGACAUUUCAUACCUUAUAAUUCCCUGCGUGUUGUCAGAAAGUGAAAGAAGGAUACUAAAUCCUGAACAUAAUGAAGUCUUUGCUGCAAGAAUUUGGAAGUUUACAAAAUAAUAUCUUGCUGUAAAUUAUUAUUACAUGUCUUACCUGUGAUAGUUGCAGGAAAUUGUGGGAUCACAAGGAGAAAAUUACCUCAAGGUCUGCAUACAAGGUUGUUUCUCAAGAUUCUAACUUCUUUUAAGUUUCACAAUUUUUUUUUCUAAUAUUGUGUGUAUCAGUUAAAUUGCCUGCCGUUUUGCCAUUACUAUUACUACAUAGUACUCAUUGCAACAGACCGUUUUAUCAGAAGUUUUUUAAGUAUAGUCUAAAAGUUGUUAGUUGCUGCACAGUUUUAUAAUUCUCUAAGUAAAAUGUGGCAAAAUUUAUUAGUGUCUUAGCAUUUUGUAGAAAGCUAGAAUUGGGAGUUAGGUGCUGUUAACUGCUGACUAGGUGUUUAUUUCAUGAAGAAGUCAAAUAAAAAAUAUUCAGACAGUAGCUUAAUCAUUUAUGCAUAAUCGGAUAAUGUGUCUGAAGCAGCUACAGAAAGUUGCCAUGGCAUAUAACAGGAAGACAGCAUCAGAUGUUUGAUUUGCUUAUUACAUGAAUUUUUGUGCAUAUAUUUAGCAACAUUGUUAAUAUUAAAAAAAAAAAAAAAAAAAAAAGUCACCACGUGUUCAUGUUGCAGAAUUGCAGUAAAGGUCCUGCUGAAAAUUG